ACUGUAGCUUGGAGGAUGCUGGUGAAAAGGAACAUGAGCAAGACAUCCGUGCUGUACGUCGCUGUAUUGUCAGUGUGUAUUGUUUUCAUAUUUUGCGAGUUAUACAUUAGUUAUAUACUAACCAGUGUAGUACCCUUGCAGAAUUUCGGCCAUGCUUUGACCACAAAAAAACGAACUGUCAGACUUCAACCGAAUCAAUGAAAAUUUCACUUUUGAGAAUGGACGUUUUCAACCUGAGAUUGGAUCCUUCAAUAGUGCAGAAGUAGAGGGACCUAACUUCAGCAACUCUUUUACUGCAUACAAACCAAAGAGAAUUCUGUUUGUAAACAUGGAAGAUAUAACAAAGACUUUUAGGAACAUUUUCUUCGUGGAAACCAGGUGUUCUACAGAGAAGACAUUGGAGGGAUACGUCCACAAUAAGGGAUUUGUGUUGUCCGCACGACAGAGCUGCGCCAUAGAGUCCACAGCCCUCACCAACCCCGACCGCGACAUAUAUGUCUUCCACUCCUGUCCUCUAGAUGACGACUUCCUCCACCACUCCCCUCACUUCGUGGACCAGCUGUUCAGCUACCCUAACGUGCACUUGGUAAAGCUCAACAACACCCAAUUGUUCAACGGCUCUCCUGUCCAGCAGCUGUACGAAAAGAAGUUGCUGGAGAGCUCUUCCUACCCUGUAGAACAUUCCAGUGAUGUUAUCAGAUUUACUUUGCUCUGGAAAUUCGGAGGUACCUACUUUGACCUGGACAUUGUUACACUGAGAUCUCUCAAGAGACUGAGGAGCAACUGGGUUGGUGCAGAAAGUGAGUGGGUAAUUGGUACCGGAGUGAUGAACUUCAAGCACGUGGGUUCAGCUCACGGCAUGUUGCAGAGAAUACUUCACCACAUUAACUACCACUACGAUAAAGAUGGAUGGGCCAGCAAUGGUCCACUGUUGCUUACAUCAUUUAUCAUCAGAGAAUGUAAAGUGCUACAGGUUGAAGACGCUGCAAACCGUUGCUUUACAGAUUUCACCGUAUACCGAAGGCAUGUCCUCUACCCCAUCAGAACCUCUCAGCUUCACCUCCUGUUCAACUCCACCCUGGGUCUCCAGACCGUGAGGAUGGUGAAGACCGUAUCUUACAGCGUCCACGUUUGGAACAAGAAGAGCCGUAACCUGUCGGUGGAUGUGGGAUCUGCCCAGGGCUACGCCCUCUUGGCGGAUCAGUUCUGCCCCAGGGUGUAUCGGAAUUGUGGUACUCGGUUUUAGAAUUGAACGCGAAACUGUUGUGGAUUUCCUUACCGAUAGUGCAAAUUGUAUAUAAUACGAGUAGGAAUGUAAUUGUUAUACUUUAAUGACAACAGCAUUUAUAAUCUACUCCAAGAGAGAGGAUUGUGUGCAAGUUUGAAGAGGAGUCUCUCGAGCCACACAUGAUCGAUGCUUACGUAUUGUCAUUGCCUUGGUAACCAAGCCCAUGUUCAUGUUGUCCAUCAGCUGAGUAACUAUUAUUAAAGAGAUGUUUACAGGUGAUGAAUUGGAUGUUCCCGUAUAAAAGGUGUCCUUUAUAAGUGUUUGAAAGUGGUGAAUGUUUAAUAAUCUUAAGCAACAAGGAUUAGUAAUUUGUCUUAACUAUUGAAGGAGGAGCUCUUCCAUAUCGGUGAUUACUGCUGUAGUGAAAAAAAUCCACAAAUUUGAAAAUAAUUUUAAAUUUAUUACACUAUGCCUUUCAAUCAGAUUAUAGACUCUAUGACGUUGAAAGGCCUACUGCAAUAAAUUAAAAAACAUUGACAAUAUGUAAAAUCAUUCAACUAAAAAAUGCUCUAUUUAUGUUAGUAUCAAAUUGUAGCACACUUCUGUUUUGGCAUAUUUUGUAUUGAACUUGUUAAACAUGGCUAACAAAAAAAGAUAAAUUACAACUAAAGGUAAAACAUUUUUAA